AUGGGUCUUAGAGAGGCAACCUGUGGUGGUCUAGAUGAUGCACUAAAAAGGAGACCACCUGUUGCAGCCGCAGUGAAGCAAUUUUUGUUGUUGACUAUUGGUUCGAUGCUCGUCCCAAAGAUGUCACGACUUUGUGAUCUCGAUUAUGUAGAGUACCUGCAAUGGCCUCUCGGAGAUAUCCACUUCUUGAUGAUACAUUUGCUAGACUUCCUUAAUGUGAGAGGGUUUGCCACAAAAACCAUCCCGGCCUGCACCUAUUGGUUCGACCCAAGGGUGGAUAAGGAUUGGGAAUCCGGAUCAAGCAGCUCGGCUCCUCCUACAUCUUAUCCGCAGUUCUACUCAACUCAUUUGUGGGAGGAAAUUGACCUGGAAACCCUUGAGGACAAUGAGCUUGAGGCAUUGGAGUCCUUGACUAAAAAAGUUAUGGAUAAUUGGGAUUCAAGGCGGGAAAGUGUUCGGAGAGUCAUCAUCAAGAGGCAGCAAGAAAACCAAUGA